UCCAAUGACUGGAGAAUUUAUCAAACUUCCAGAAGCAAGCAAGGUUGAGAAACCUAGAGAGAAGAUUGAUUCUGUUAUGGGCUUUAGUCCAAGAGCUAAACAAUUUAAGGUGAUAAGAAUUUUAACUCGGCAGAUUUGUAAUCCCAUUAGAGGCAGGAAAGAGUAUGAAGAUAAGGUGGCUGAGAUACACACGCUUGGGACUAGAUCGUGGAGAAGGGUGGAAUCCGCUACCUUCAUGCUGUAUGGAAUAAAAUUUCCCACCUACCUGAACGGAGCAGUUAAUUGGUUUCGUCCUGAGUUUCGGAAGGCAGAUUCCAUUGUUUCUUUUGACGUUUAUAAUGAGCAAUUCCAAUUAAUGCCAGCUCCCCCAUAUACGUAUAACAGUCAUGAUGGGGAGGAUAAAGAUCUCAUAAGCAUGGGUGUUUUAAAUGAUCAUCUCUUCAUAUGUGAUGCUUCUGAGUUUGGCUGUAUUGGCAUAUGGGUGAUGAAGGAGUAUGGUGUCCCAGAAUCUUGGACUAAAGUGUUUUCUAUUGAUACUGAGAAUGAACAACGAUGGCCUCAAGGUUUAUAUCAUCCAUUGAGAAAGUUUAAGAAUGGAGCAAUACUGAUGUACCAUGCUCGCAACUGCCUGCUUUAUUAUGAUCCAACAAGAAAAGAACACAAGUAUUUUAAGGUUCGUGGAAGUGAAUCAAACUUUGAGGUUGCUGUUUGUAUUCCAAGCUUCAGUUCGAUCAAGGAUGCUGUGAUGGGAGACAAUGUAGAGGUGCUGAAUGUCAAAUCAAGUAACGUUAUGGACAAGAGUUGGAUGACGAAGUCCAGGGGUACGAAGGAAUACAGAGACGGGUGUAGAUCGUUCGUGGACUUCGCAAUUCAGAACUGUACAACUCCAGAUAGAUUAAUUUAUUGUCCGUGUAAGACAUGUCGCCUUAACAGGCGACACCCGCCGGGUUUAGUAUACGACCACUUGACUGGAGGAAAAGGAAUGCGGCCCCAAUACAAAUACUGGAUUUAUCACGGCGAGAGGCCUGUACGAGCUCCUGUUGAAGGCUCUAAGUCGAAUCGCCCAACCACAGGUGCAGGUGCAUGCACAGAUCCAGGUGGCAAUAUCCACGUCAUGAGAGUGUGUGCAAAAUUCGAGCUACGAGAAGAAGUAAAACCUCUCUUUUUGGUGGAAGAAAUUAGUGAUCUGGGGUCGGAUUUUUACUCUUUGUCUGAGGAAAGCUGCUGAAUUUGUUCAAUGUUAGAUACUUGGAUGCUUUAGAACCUUAGAAUAACCAGUUUUUGGUCUGAGGUUGUUAUUUUGGGCACCUUUCCUUGUUUUGGGUCAUUACAAAAAGUUACCUCCUGAUGGUUUUUGUAUACUGCAUCCAAGG